AUGCCGACCACACGAAAUAACUCAAAUCAAGAUAAUUCUAUGGAAGAUUUAAUUAUUAGAACUUGCACAGAGCAAACAAAUAUGAUAAGCCAACAAUUAGAUAAAAAAUUCAAAACUUUUGAAGAAAAUAUUCAAGCCCUGUUUGGUCAACAAUCAGCAACCGCAGAAAACUCAACACAAGAAGCCAUCACUCAACCAUUACCUAUGGAGCAAAGUUCACCAUUAAAAAAAAUUCUUUCACCAGACACGAAUAUAAUUCACAAGGUAAACAGCAUCUUCACCCUUCCUAAGAUAAAACCUAACUCUAAAAAAACGAAGUCCAACUCUACACCUCCAACAGUUCUCUCGAGUAAUACCAAUCUACAUCGAGUGGAGCCAGCCAAAGACUUUAUCAUUAACCACUCUUCUUCUCUUAUACUUAAUUAUGACCAACUUCAGUUACUUUUAACUAAUAUAACUGGUCUUUCAGAUUCUAUCAACGUUGUCCAAGAAAACACUUCAGAUAUGAUAGCCGUGACACAUGUAUUAUCAAAAAUCUACCCGCAUAUAAAAGAUCCAUCCCUGAAGAGGAAAUUCACAACUUUAAAACGAAAAAUCUUUGCCUAUCUUGGCAAUGACGUCCCGGAAUCAAAUAGUGACACAUCACAUCUAAGUCAAGAAAGAUACUAA